CCACUUCUCCAUUCCCCGUUUCCUCUUUUCCCCUUGGUUCCCCCCUGCCCAGAAUUCGCUGCCUACACAAAUUGGUAAACCCCUCUGCCUCUGCCCAAGUCCUGGGUCAAGCGUCAUGUGCAAGGGAAAGGGCUGUGGUGGGCUCUCAGGGAAUUUGAAGGGACGGUUUAUUCCAGAUGUAUCUGAACAGGGCGGGGGUGACGGCGGGUGGACGCGGUCUUUCUCAAGCGCGGGAGUCCCCCUUUCCCCUGGUGGCAGGGGCCUGGUCGCUGAAGGCCUGAGGCGCGAGAGCCCAUAUCGAGCUCCCUCCGUUGGCCCUUCCGGGAGCCGCCCGGGCUCUAAUGCAGGAAGGGGAAGGGGCCAAAGCUGGGGGAAGGCGGGGCAGGAAGGGGGGAACUCUGUGGUCAGGGAGCCACUCGCUGAGCACAGCUGCACAGUGCUGGCAGCGCGUCUGAUCCCCAGCUCGCCGCCCUUCAGCUCCGGCCCAAGAUGAUUCCAGCUGUGCUCUUGAUCGUCCUCCUUUCGGUGGAACAAGCAGCCGCCCUGGGAGAGCCUCAGCUCUGCUAUAUCUUGGAUGCCAUCCUGUUCUUGUAUGGUAUCGUCCUCACCCUGCUCUACUGCCGACUCAAGAUCCAGGUGCGGAAGGCGGCGAUAGCCAGCUAUGAGAAAUCAGAUGGCAUUUACACGGGCCUGAGCACCCGGAACCAGGAGACUUAUGAGACCCUGAAGCAUGAGAAACCACCCCAGUAACUUUAGGACAGAUGCCCUUGGCCGCAUCCUUCCCCGCCUGUUCUCCUAGCCCUCAUGGUCGGCGUCACACAUGCCUCCCGUUAAUGCCCGCUGACCCCGUCUCUGCAAUGAUGCUAUGCCUGCCCCUCCUCCGCACCCCCCCCCCCCGUUAAUGUGCACACUGGUUCUUCCUCCCCGUCGAAGACCUGUGCUCAGAUGCUAGUCAUGAACGUUUAUAUUUUCGCCUCCCCUCCUUUCCUCCCCCUUCUCUUUCCCGUCUCCAACCCCCACUCGACAAUGACAAGAGAGGACCACCAAUAAAGCUGCCACAGACUGGA